AAAUUUUACAAACGGAACUUUUACAAGUUUGAGUGAAAUAGAAUACCAAGAAUUUCUGGACAGAGGGAUUCCAGCUACAAUAUUCCUGCUAUUUCUGUCAGUCGUAGGAACAAUUGGCAAUAUACACACAGUCUUAGUAUAUACGUUAUCGCCAGUCAUGGCAAGAUACUCCGUUCGAGUUUUUAUCAUUUGGCUUUCCCUUGUCGAUCUUACAUCAUGUUUGUUGUGUAUGCCUUUUAAGAUUUUUGAUAUCCGAUACGACUACACAUUUUCAUCUGUCGGUGCUUGUAAAUUCUUUAGAUUUCUUAAUCACAUUGUAACAGUGGCCUCCGGCUGUUUAUUGACUGCAAUUGCCAUUGAAAGAUAUAAGAUAAUUGUCAAAAACUUGCCCGUACUAUUUGCUAAUUCACAAAGGUCGAAUGUCAUAUCUGCCAGUCUGUUAGGAUUAUCCACGAUAUUGUCAAUUCCUGCAGUUAUAUUUUACGGUCUGAACGAAAAAGAAACAAACAUUGUUGGCCUUACAGGCAAGGAUUGUAAAAUUUUAUCAGAGUAUCACAGUAUACGUUAUGUAGGAGUUUAUUACAGUAUAUUAGUAAUUAUCAGUUCAGCUGGCGCUGUCAUGUGCAUCGUUUCAUAUGGAAACAUACUGUGUAAAAUUUAUACUCGGAAAGAUUGGAGGGAAUCAUUAGGAAAGAAACCAGAUUCGUCUUCCAAUAAACCGUCUGAAAUAAGUUCGGGGACCACCCUGGUUAUAUCUACUAUUCCACAUGGGGAGGAAAAAUUGAAUAAUGUGCACACUGAAAUUUCGUACAGUGAAAAGAACAAGGCUACUCGUUCAAAACACAAUCUUGGAAAUGCGAUUCGACUAACAAUAAGCUUCAUGAUAGCAACCGCUAUUUCCUAUUUAGGAUAUAUGUUAUAUGUGUUCACAUUCAUGGUCAUAAUGCUAAAUCCUAAGAUGUAUCAAAAUAUUGUCCAACCAGUAUCCAACAUUCUAUUGCGCGGAUAUUUUGUCAACAAUGCAGCCAAUCCUAUCGUAUUUUGUCUGUUUGAUAGAACUUUUCGACAGGAAUGCUUGGAAUUGUAUGGAAAAAUAUUUUUAAAGAAAACAAUAUCGCCGGCAUUACCCUGAUUCAAAUUUCUUUCAAGCACAACUAUAAAUAAAUUUUGAUAUGAGAGAACGGUGAAAAGGGUAUUAUAUUUCCAAAAUGGCGUAUGUGUGACUGUCAUUGCUUGGGCAUGUUAUAUAUGCCAAUUGGUAGUGAUUAAGAUUAUAACAAAAUGUUAACUGCUGUAACCCUUUUAUUGACAUUUUUACCUAUUAUCAUGAUUAUGUCUGUUUGUUUUGUUCACACAUCGUUGUCAAUAUAAUGGAAUUUUAUACGAUUGUCAUACAAGUGAGAGGUUUAGCCAGCCAUAAAACCAGGUUUAAUCCACCAUUUUCGACACAACAAAAUGCCUGUACCAAGUCAGGAAUAUGACAGUUGUUAUCCAUUCGUUUGAUGUGUUUGAGCUUUUGAGCUUGCCAUUUGCUUAGGGACUUUCCGUUUGGAAUUUUCCUCGGAGUUCGGUAUUUUUGUUAUAUUACUUUUCUUUGUUUUUGUAUUGCAUGUUAAUUAUUCACAUCUUACAGCUACGAAUAAAACAUAAUGUAAGGAAGACAGCGUAAUCAAACAAUGCCAGAUGACUAAGUUCGAUUACUGAAGGUUAGUGCAUGCCUUUACAGGUUGGCCAUCACAUAUGUUGUUCAAGGGAGUCUGCUGUAUUGGUAACUGUAUCAAACCAGAAUGUAUGGAUGAAGUAUUAGUGUAACAUAUAUUAGUAUAAGAAAAAUUGUUUGGCGUUAAUACUGACAUGUAUA